AUGACGAAUCGGCAAAUUCAAAUAUCGAUUACUGAAGCACGAAAUUUACACAAUCGAAGGUAUGGUAGAGUUCCCAACGAUACUCAUAUUGAAGUUUAUAUUGAUAGACACUAUAAACAGCGAACAACAACAGUGUCUACCGCCGAAUAUCCCACAUGGAAUGAAAUAAUUCUACUAAAUUUACCUGAUGUUGAACAUCAUCAUUGUCUUCACGUUCAUGCGUAUGAUAAAGAUAUUGUGGGUAAACAGUCAGUUGGUUCAGCUAAAAUUGAUUUAAAACCAAUAAUCGCUGGAGCAAAAUUUGAUAAAUGGGUUCACCUUCAUGGACCUAUGCAUUUACCUUGUUGUGGAGAAAUACAUAUGGUCAUUCGAUAUAUUGUAAGUAUUGAUUUCUUUGCAUAUAUUACAUUUCUUUCAACACUCAUAGAACACUCAAUACUCUAAAAACAACGUAAACACGUUGAAAAAUUGCAAAGUCAGAAAUAAGUGGAUGAGUGAUUCCGAAAAAAGUCGCAGUGUUUUAUUUAAAAAAUUUGACGUAAACAAAAUGCACGCACUUUAGUUUUUCAUUAUCAUACAUCGAAAAGCGAUAACUAGGAGUAUCGGAAACAUAUGGAGUCAAAAUAGAUUUGGCUGGAGUUUUUUUGCAGACGAGUUGAAGAAAAAUCUUUUUUGUAAGUUACUUAUUAGCAUAAGGACAUGACUAAUUCGAAAAUAUCUCUUGUCAGGUCUUUUCCGUUACCGAGAUA